GGAUCUAGACUGUUCCGGACUCCUGGGUAAACCUGUGUGAGUAGUCCAGAGUAGAGGAAGCCACAGCCCAUGUUUGGAAAUGUCCCUGGGGCGCAGCUGCAGCCGGAGCAGCUCCAGUCUGACGGACAAGUGGUGAGCGCACAGGGGUUUCUCUCGGGGACGGAUCGUAGCAAUAAUAACAAUAAUUAUAAUCUUUAAGAAAAAAAAAAAAUCUCUCCUCAUCAUGGCUCAAGCGAAAAUACAGACGAAAAUGAACGAAGCUUGCGGCAAGUUCAGCAGAACCCUGUCCAUGGCAGACCGGUCUGGGAGACUCCUGGAAAGUUUGGAUCAGCUGGAACUGAGGGUGGAGGCAUUACGAGAAGCGGCAUCGGCCAUGGAGCAGGAAAGGGAGUGCAUCCUGGAAAUGAUUCAGUCCAUUCAAGGCAGUCAAGAAAUGCAUAACAUCUGUGCUGGAGAAAAAGAAGAGCUAACUUUAACUGCAAACCGCUUAAUGGGCCGAACUCUAUCUGUGGAGAUCUCCAUCGGCACCAUCAGAAGCUCCCAGCAGGAGGAGGCGCUGAAGAAGGCCACAUCUAUCAUAGACGAAAUAGUUAAGAAGUUACUAGACGACAUGGAGGGCAGUCGACAGCGGCUGCUGGCUUUACACGCUGCUUGUGUAACAGAAGCGCCGCCGGUCCCCAUAGACCAGAAGUUUCAGGCCGUGGUGAUCAGCUGUGCACUGGAGGACCAGAAGAGGAUCAAACGGAGGCUGGAGACUUUAUUGAGGAAUGUGGAAAAUGCUGAAAAGAACAUCAAGAUUAUGGAUCACCAAAAACUGGAGGAUCCAAAAGCCAAUGGCGGUUAUUAAGAUACAGAAUGUAAAAUGUGUUUUUAACGCCACUAACCUCACAAGAACUAUUGUAACCCUGUACUAAUUUAACAUGUAGCAGCCUUUGUGGAAAAAAUGACGGUAAUAUUCUACCUUAGGGCCAAAAAGCUAGUGCAUCUCCUAAACACUUGUACUUCCACAAAUAUUCAAUGACCUCACCAGGGAAACCAUAUGAAA